ACAGAAAGUUCUUGAAAGAAGAUUCCGCGAGAGUUGCAGAUGUGCAAAAGAGGGGCCAGGGUUUUACAGCCGAACGUGAGAGGGUUGGGGAGAUAAGAGGGUAACUCGGGGAAUACGAAGUGAUGGGAGCGUCUUUUCUUGCCGUGGUUUUCGUGCUGGUUCUCGGUCUGGCAGACGAUGUAACUGCGGCGGACCAGAAGACCAUAGCACCAGAGAACCUGCUGGUCAUCACUGCAGCCACCGAGGAGACAGAUGGCUUUAAUCGGUUCAUGCGGACAAUCAGGGAGUUCAAUUACACUGUGAAGGUGCUGGGUCUGGGGGAAGACUGGAAGGGUGGGGAUGUUGCUCGCACGGUUGGUGGGGGUCAGAAGGUUCGCUGGCUGAAGAAAGAACUUCAAAAGCACAGUAACAAGGAGGAGCUGGUCAUUCUUUUUGUGGACAGCUACGAUGUGAUCCUGGCCAGUGGGCCACAGGAGCUGCUGUGGAAGUUCUCCAGGAUGGGCCACCGCGUGGUGUUCUCCGCGGAGGGCUUCUGCUGGCCCGACCAGAAGCUGGCGUCCAAAUACCCGGCGGUCUACACUGGCAAGCGCUACCUCAACUCCGGAGGUUUCAUCGGCUACGCCCCCGAUCUCCACGGCAUCGUGCAGCAGUGGAAAUACAAAGACAACGACGACGACCAGCUGUUCUACACCAAGAUCUACCUGGACAAGGCCCAGCGGACGAAGUUCAACAUGACCCUGGACCAUCGCUCCCGCAUUUUCCAGAACCUCAAUGGAGCAAUCGAGGAGGUGGUGCUCAAAUUUGAAAAGGCACGCGUACGUGCCAGGAAUGUGGCCUACGACACCCUUCCUGUCAUCAUCCACGGCAACGGACCCACCAAGCUGCAGCUUAAUUACCUGGGUAACUAUGUACCAACAGCCUGGACACAUGAGACAGGUUGUGGCAUCUGUGAUGAUGACCUGCUAAAUCUCAGCGAAUUGCCAGAUGAAGGGAUGCCCAUAGUUCAGAUUGCAGUGUUUAUUGAACAACCCACCCCCUUUCUGUCGGAGUUUUUGGAGAGGUUGACAACCCUGAACUAUCCUAUGGAGCGACUGAGACUCUUCAUACACAACAAUGUGGUUUACCACGAGCAGCACAUCCAGCAGUUCUGGGAUCGCCACAGGACUGUGUUCCCUGACGCUCGCAUCGUUGGGCCAGAGGAGAACCUGCAACAAGACAUGGCCAGAACCAUGGCACUGAAUUCGUGUAGGGAGGACCCCACGUGUGAUUACUACUUCAGUAUUGAUGCUGAUGUCGCCCUGAUCAACCCAGACAUCCUGAGGAUCCUGAUUGAGGAGAACAAGCCAGUCAUUGCCCCCAUGCUGUCCCGCCACGGAAAGCUGUGGUCCAAUUUCUGGGGUGCUCUGAGUCCAGAGGGCUUUUACUCUCGGUCUGAGGAUUACAUCGACAUCGUCCAGGGCAAGCGUGUGGGGCUGUGGAACGUGCCCUACAUCACUCAGGUGUAUCUGAUCCGGGGGUCUACUCUGCGCACACGCCUGGCCCAGGUCAGCCUGUACUCACAGGAGGGCAUGGACGCCGACAUGGCCUUCUGCAGGACGGUCCGAGACCAGGUGUGUGUGUGUCCGAGCACACGGUGUUUUUUGCGCGCUCGUCGCUUUCCAUUUGAGCCUUCGACAGCACACAGUUUCGUCUUCAACUUCUCCCCCUCGUUCCACCUCUCUCCUUUCUCUGCCUUCUCCUGGCGCGUUCCUCAGGGGGUGUUCAUGUUCGUGUCGAACCGAGAUGAGUUUGGACGUCUCGUCUCCAGUACUAACUACAACAUUAGCCGGCUUCAUCCGGACAUGUGGCAGAUCUUUGACAACCCUGUGGACUGGAGAGAGAAGUACAUCCAUGAAAACUACUCUAAAAUCUUUGAGGAGGAUUAUAUUGUGGAACAGCCCUGCCCCGAUGUGUACUGGUUCCCGGCCUUUUCCGAAAAGAUGUGCGAUGAGCUGGUAGAGACGAUGGAAGAUUUUGGGCAGUGGUCAGGAGGAAAGCACACGGACGAACGUCUAGCAGGGGGCUACGAGAACGUGCCCACGGUGGACAUCCACAUGAACCAGAUCAGUUUCGAGAAGGAGUGGCUCAAAUUCCUCAAGGAGUACAUUGUCCCUGUCACUGAGAAGCUCUACCCGGGAUACUAUCCCAAGGCCCAGGCGGUGAUGAACUUCGUGGUGCGCUACAGACCCGACGAGCAGCCCUUCCUCCGGCCACACCACGACUCCUCCACCUUCACCAUCAACGUAGCCCUCAACAGCAAGGGUGUUGACUAUGAGGGUGGGGGAUGUCGUUUCCUGCGCUAUGACUGCAAAGUGGAGGCCCCACGCAAGGGGUGGUCCUUCAUGCACCCGGGCCGUCUCACUCACUACCACGAGGGGCUCCCCACCACGCAGGGCACCCGCUACAUCAUGGUCUCCUUUGUUGACCCAUAAGCGCGUGCGUAAGGGCUGAGGGCAGGUGUCUGAACUGGUAUGGGGGGGGGGUCUGGAGGGAAAUCUCACAAAUUAUACAUUUUAAAGGUGGGGGGGGGGGGGGCUAGCUAAAGCCGUUUGGUCCGUAGGGCUCCUUAGGAUUGAAACUACCAUUUAAUCUACAUUUAAUGAAUGUUAUCGUGGGGUAAAUUUUUCCUUAGUGUUUUUUAAGAUGGACAAAAAUACAUCUUAAAAAGAAUCGGUGUCAACCACUACCCUUUUGGAGCAGAAAACAUGGUGAUGAGAUCAUCAGGAAAUGAAAGGUAGAAGGUUUUUGUGUUUCUGAAAGUGUUAGCGGAUUUGGAUUUAUGGAACUGGUCAUAGGAAUUGAGGCUCUGUAAAUGCAAAACAAGACAGGCCAUUCUUGUCCCUAGUCACAUAUCAUGGUACUGUUUAUAAUAUGUGUAAAAUUGCAAACCAGAAGGCAUUUGGUUCAAACCUUCUUACAAUAAAAAAGCGUUAAGUAAGCUGUAGGACACCCAAAAACUAACCUUGGCUAGAAGAUGAGUGGGUGAGCAGAACUGACAUCAGUCUGUUACCACUGGAUGAUUUGUGAUCUUUUCCGAUGGAUCAAACUGAUGCCAUUAUGUCAGCCAAUACAGAACAGCUGAGAAAAAGGUUGCAGUAUCAGAUUACUGAUAUGAUCUGGUGAGUCCAUUUUUGUUAUCAUUAAAAUGGGGUUUCUCUUCAAAUAAAAUCUCAAUUUGGUAAACUAAUAACUAUUGACUGAAGGUCAAUGGGUAGGACACCAGUGUGACAGAAAUGUUUGAAAGGAGAAAUUGACACUCGCAAACCAACAAAAGAUGCCUUUUCAGGAACUUGAUAACCUACAGUAGCAGACAGACCUGUGAACCUCAUGACAGUGAUUGCAUUUUAAAGCAUUCUCAAGAGGAAAAAAAAGUAUAACCAGCUGGGUGGGGAGGGCAAGUUCCUGCGUUUUAGUAUGUUUAUUAAAGGCAAAAAUUCUAAAUGGUUCAAUAGGGAAAGAAAGUCUUUCAUAUAUUGACUUUCAAAUUAUGGAAAAUAUGUUGCCUAAGAAUUACACUUUCUUGGAAGUGCACCACAUGGCCUUUCAGCGUAAGAUAUAUACAAUACUUUGGUUAAGUUAGCAUUUCCCAGUUCAAUAGAGUGUACUAAUGGAAAUGAUGGUAAACCAGGUGGCUGCAGCUGAAAUCAGUUACUCUGCCAUUUCCCCUCAGGUGUGCGUGUGUAUGUGUGUGCGCGUGUGUUACUCUUUGUAUAUCAGCAUACAUGCUUGUUUUAGUAUGUAAGUAAUUUAAGUUUUAUCAUAGUGUAAAUUUGUUUUUUGAGGGGUGAAAAGGCUUUGAAAGUAACCUGGUUUCGGAAAUGGGUCGGUGAGAUUGAGCUGGAAGGGACCUACUGCAGUUUAUUGUUUCCUCUGUAAAUUAUUGUGUUAUCCAAGACUUUCCCUUUAUCAGUCAUAAACAAAGCUGUGGCCAUUUUAUAUAUAACAUAUGAUUCCACCAGUGCAUUAUAUUGGAGGUGAAGGUGUUUUAAUUGUUACAGUAUAUUAAUUACAUUGGAGGGGGGUGUAGACUAGCCUGAAAUGAUAUUUUUCUGAAGUCAUUUUGACUUAAUGCAAAUUACAUUUCCAGUUGAAAAGAGUUUUGUAUGUGUAAUUUUAUACAUUGAGCCAAAAUAGGUUUACAAGUUUUCAUAUCAAGAAGCAGUGUUUUUUGCAAAUGCUACAAAUCUUUAUUGGUUUGUUUUACUCUUCCAUACUAGUAUGUAAUCCAGUUUAUUUUUGUUUUUAAGUGUGACUGUUUACUGUAAAUGUUUUCCAUGCUGUGCUUUGUACAGACUGCAUUAAAUUAUUUCAGUGGUUGAAAUACUUAAUAAAGUUUUGAAAUAA